UGUCGCAUUAAGGCAUCGAUUUAAAGAACAAAAUUUCUUAAAUCGAAAAUUCUGAAUUACAGUAUUUUUUAUUUUGUUAUUGCAAUUUGUUUCUUCUAUUUAUCUGAAGAAGAAGAAGAAGAGCAGCCAUGGGUGCUCAGAAAAAAGGAGCAUCCAGGGUCUCAGAGGAUCACGAGGAUUUGACACGUGUCCCCUUGCAGGCCAUUCUCUUGGCUGACAGUUUCGCCACCACUUUCCGCCCUAUCACCCUUGAACGUCCCAAGGUACUGCUACCAUUAGUGAAUGUCCCAAUGAUCAAUUACACCUUAGCAUGGCUUGAAUCAGCUGGUGUUGAGGAAGUUUUUGUUUUUUGCUGCGCUCAUUCCAAGCAAGUGAUUGAUUACCUCGAGACUUCUGAGUGGUUUUCUCAACCGAAUUUCUCGGUCCAAACGAUUGAGUCGCAUAAUUCCGUGAGUGCUGGAGAUGCGCUGCGGUUGAUAUACGAGCGCAAUGUGAUACAUGGAGAUUUUGUCCUAAUUAGCGGAGAUACUGUAAGCAACAUGUCGCUUACUCGGGCGCUUCAAGAACACAAGGAGAGACGGAAAAAAGAUAAUAAUGCUGUUAUGACAAUGGUGAUUAAACGAUCAAAGCCUUCCCAGAUCACUCAUCAAUCCCGACUUGGUACUGAUGAACUUUAUAUGGCAAUAGAUCCCACUACAAAACAGCUAUUGUAUUAUGAGGACAAGGCGGACCAUUCAAAGGGAGCAAUAUAUUUGGAUAAAUUAUUACUCGCUGAUAAUACUUCAAUUUCACUGCACAAUGACAAACAAGAUUGCUAUAUUGAUAUCUGCUCUCCAGAGGUCCUUAGUCUUUUCACAGAUAAUUUCGAUUAUCAACAUCUACGACGCCAUUUUGUCAAGGGAUUGCUUGUUGAUGAUAUUAUGGGUUACAAAAUAUUCACACAUGAAAUUCACUCAAGUUAUGCGGCUAGGAUCGACAACUUCCGAAGCUAUGACACUAUUAGUAAAGACAUAAUUCAACGUUGGACGUAUCCUCUUGUGCCUGAUGUUAUGUGCUUUGAGAAUUCUACGACUAAAUUAGAAAGACAAGGAAUGUAUCGAGCAUCAGAAAUAGGGCAACAACGUUCUGCGAAGAUUGGUCCAUUUACAGUUAUUGGAAAUGGCACCAAAAUUGGGGACAACACAAGCAUUUCGAAUUCAGUUAUUGGGAAAGGGUGUAGUAUUGGAGCAAAUGUUUCUAUAGAAGGUUCCUAUAUUUGGGAUAAUGUCAUCAUUGAAGAUGGCUGCAAGCUAAGGCAUGCCAUAGUGUGUGAUGGAGUUAUAAUGAAAUCUGGUGCAGUGUUGGAGCCUGGAGUAGUUUUGUCACUCAAGGUUGUGAUAGGGCAGCAAUUUGUUGUUCCUUCAUACUCGAAGGUGUCUUUAUUCCAACAGCCAACCAAGCAAGAUAGUGAUGAAGAGCUGGAGUAUGCUGACAAUAGCAGUGGGAUUGUCGACAUUCCACCAAUGGUUGAUACUGCGGAUAAAUCAAAUGGGGAAAUAUCUGAACUAUUGGACACACAACGUUGGCCUACAUCUCAGCUUGGUUCUGGAGGCAUUGGUCAUAUUUGGCCAUUUAGCGAAGGAGGCUAUGAUGAGGAAUUGAGGCAUUCUGUUGCUCCCAUUCCUGCAGAUAAACUUGCUGAGUUGAUACAGGCAAUAGAUGAUGAUCUCGAGUUAACUCAAGAUGGCAGUAUUCUGCCACCUUCUGGAGAAUUGAAACGUGAUUCCAAUUAUUCAGAAGAUGACGAUAUUGAAGACUCUAGGGAUGAAUCAAUUUACUUUGAAAAAGAGGUUGAAGCGACAUUUCUGAGAGCUGUGCAUGAAAAUAUUGCAGUAGAUCAUGUAGUCUUAGAAGUUAAUUCACUCAGGUUGUCAUACAACAGGUUAACUGCAGACUGUGCAGGAGCUUUAUUUUAUUCAAUGAUGAAAUUGGCUCUAGAAACUCCACAUAAUUCAGCUCGUGAAUUGCUUCAAAAUGCUACUAACGUAGUUACAAAAUGGAAGAAACUCCUGAAGUAUUACCUGGCAGAUAUAGAUGAGGAGAUUGAGGUAAUACUUAAAUUUGAAGAAAUGUGUCUGGAGUCUGCCAAGGAAUUCGCUCCAUUGUUCACAAAGAUAAUGUCGCAUUUGUAUGACCAAGAAGUUCUACAAGAAGAUGCUAUUUUAAGGUGGGAUGAUGAAAAGAAAGAUGCAGACGAGUUGGACAAAGUUUUUGUUAAGCAGGCCGAAAAGUUCAUCCAAUGGCUGAGGGAGGCACCGGAAGAGGACGACGACAAAGAGGAGGAAAGUGGUUGAUUCACAGGCCUCAUUUAUGUACAAAUUUUGUAUGUCUCCACAUUUUACGAUGGGAAAAAUACUGUCUAAUGGGGCUCCCCAUUUGAAAGAAUGAUACUGGGGAACUUGUAAAAAUUGAACUUCCUUGUUCCAACAUAUUUUUCCCGGUGAUUUUUUUAGAUGCGAAAGAUCUCGAUUUUUUUUUUCUUAGUUUUUUUCCCUUUUUGUAGCCUCAUAUUUUUAAUAAAAUUUUAUUUUUCUUCAAAUUGAAUUGUAAACGCGAUGUCUUCUAAGACUAACCUCCUAUCUCACAGAUGGAAUGGAUGG